ACUCAAUGGAGUCCAUUUGGUAGAAAACAACAAAAAUAAUAUCAAGAAUAGGAACCCAAAAACUACCAUAGCCACUACUGAUUCAGAAACUCUUAGGCAUAGCGAAAAUGACAACCACCUUCGCGACCGUCGCAGGACUCGGUGGUGCAUCACUGUCAUCCACCUCAUCUCGUCUCACCUCAGGGUUUGUGAAAUCGCCAGUGAGUGCUAGGAAUCCCUUGAGGCAAGCUGUGGCAAUGGGAAAUGGGAGGGUUACAUGCUUCGAGAGGAAUUGGCUGCGGGCAGAUUACAGUGUGAUUGGGUUUGGGUUGAUUGGUUGGCUAGCACCCUCAAGCGUACCGGCUAUCAACGGUAAAAGUCUGACUGGCCUCUUCUUUGAGAGCAUUGGAGCUGAGCUUGCUCACUUCCCCACCCCUCCUGCCCUUACUUCAUCCUUUUGGUUAUGGCUGGUUACGUGGCACCUUGGCUUGUUCAUCUGCCUCACUUUUGGGCAAAUUGGAUUCAAGGGAAGGACUGAAGAGUACUUUUGAAUUCCAAACUUAUGGUAUGCUUUUGCUUUCUCUUUUUUUCUUCAUUCCCUUUUGUGCCUUGCAAUCUAUAAUGUAUAACUCUAUGCUACCUUUUUCCUUCUUACUAGGAGAAAUCUGUGUAAUAUCGCCUUCAUAAUGUUGUAUAUUAUUAUUGUUGUACUUGCUCCUCAUCAAUGUCCCAACUUCUAGUCCUGCAAAA